CGCCGGUACCGUCGUGUGGUUCUCCGUGCGCGUUCGCUGUUCACUGCUAAUCAGUAAUCAGUCGUUCAAUCGCGCUCGUGCUUCGUGUUUGCCGCCGCGGCCGAUCGAUUGCGUAAUAAAAAUCGUUCCGAGGUACGCCCGACGGACGGUCGGCGUUGUGUCGUGUGAUCGGCCAGUUGGUUUUUCUGUUGUUCAGACCAUGAUGACUGGUCUUGUUCUCAUCCUACGACAGAAGCUGUACGAAUAGCCGAACAUUAUGGGAGCCAAAGUGUCCAGGACCGACUUUGAGUGGUCGCCCACGGAAGAGCCGCACGCGACGCGUAGGAAAGAGAUUUUGGAAAAGCACCCUGAAAUCAAGAAACUUUAUGGACCCGAUAAGAAUUUUAAAUGGAUUGUUAUAAUUACUACAGUAUUACAGUUGGGAUCUCUUUAUUUUAUUAAAGAUUUAAGAUGGCCAACUGUUAUGAUUUUGGCCUAUUGUUUUGGAGGUGUUGUAAAUCAUUCAUUGAUGCUUGCAAUCCAUGAAAUUGCCCAUAACAUGGGAUAUGGACCAAAAUAUCCAAUGUACAAUAAAUUACUGGGUAUGUUUGCUAACUUACCCAUUGGUCUUCCAUUCUCUGUCACUUUUAAACACUAUCAUCUUGAACAUCAUCGGUACCAAGGAGAUGAGAAACUUGAUACAGACAUACCUACCUAUGUUGAAGCAAAAUUAUUUAAUUCGACAUUUGGUAAAUUUAUCUGGGUAUUAUUACAGCCAUUUUUCUAUGCUUUAAGACCUAUGUUUGUUUAUCCAAAAAAUCCUACUGCACUUGAAAUCAUUAGUGUUACUAUUCAGUUGGCGUUCAAUUAUUGGGUAUAUUUUUAUUUUGGUACAAAAGUAAUUACAUACAUGUUAGCUGGUUCGUUGAUGGCGAUGGGUCUUCAUCCCGUUGCAGGGCAUUUUAUUUCUGAGCAUUAUAUGUUUCAUAAAGGGUAUGAAACAUACUCAUAUUAUGGUCCAUUAAAUUUUAUUACAUUUAAUGUUGGCUAUCAUAACGAACAUCAUGACUUUCCAUUUGUUCCUGGUUCUAAACUUCCGCAAGUCAAGAAAAUUGCGCCAGAAUUUUAUGAUAAUUUACCUCAACACCAUUCAUGGACAAGUGUGCUGUAUGAUUUUAUCAUGGAUCCUAACAUUGGACCAUAUGCACGAAUAAAGCGUAAAAAUAAAGGAUUAAAAUUUUAAAGUUACAUCUUAAGUAUAAAUCAAACAAAAUUUGUAUAGACGAAACUGUAAUCUGUAAAGAUAAGCCAUAACUCAGUUUAAUCUUUCUAUUUUUUGUUAUUAAUUAAAGAAGAAAAAAAAA